UCCAAGAUGCCGUCACUCUUGGAAGCACUAGAGCGUAAGUACGGCGCAAAGGGCGAAGUGAACCCGUGCAUAGACGACAUGCCAGUCGCUAUCUUUGUGCCGAAGCGGUCACCCCGGCUGAGUGUGCCCACCUUACUGGUGCUGAAUGACUGCGAUAUAGACUGCGCGGGAGAUGCCGGUGCACUCGCAGAUAAAUGUGCUGAUGUCGUAGAACUGGACCUGGCGAAUAAUAAACUUACAGAAUGGCAAGAGGUCUUCGCAAUACUCGAGCAAACGCCACGGGUACGCUUUCUAAAUCUAAGCUUCAAUCGGCUCUCGGCGCAAAUCCAAGCAGCUCAAUCACUUCAGCCUAAAUGGGAUAGCUUAAGUCACUUGGUCUUGAACUCUACGUACGUCGGUUGGCCCAGCAUCCUCGGUCUACUCAAGUCUCUGCCAGCUCUCGAAGAGUUGCAUUUGAGCCUCAACGAGUAUUCUUACGUGGACUUAAGCGGGAAGGAAAUAGACGAAAAAGACCGUUGUGAAGCAUGCUCCCGACUCAAUGUAGACUUUACCGAACCCGUGCAUGAACAAUUGAAGAAACUCCACUUUUCCGGUAACCCCGUAAGCAGUUGGCGAGAGAUCAGCAAACUGGGAUAUGCCUUCCCGAAUCUGGAAACGCUGUUAGUCAACGAGUGCCCUAUAGCAACACUAGAACCAGACCCGUGCGAGAAAUGUGGAGACGCUAAUGGGAAUAAGAAAAGUCAUGAUGCUUUUGCCCAUCUGCGAUUCCUGAACCUAAACAACACCGGACUUGCCACGUGGGAUGAAGUCGAUCGGUUGGCUUUGUUUCCUGCAUUAAGAAGUUUAAGAGUACAGGGGUGGCCGCUGUGGGAGCGGUUUGAGUCGACGGAACACGAGCGUCGUUUACUGCUGGUAGCGCGGCUGCCGCGCGUGCGCACGCUCAAUGGCGGUGGCGCCGUGCCCGUGGAGGAACGCGACGCAGCCGAGCGCGCUUUCAUCAGAUACUACAUGGAGAAGCCGGAGGCUGAUCGGCCGGAUAGAUACUGGGAGCUGGUGGGAGUGCAUGGCAAACUGGACCCCCUGGUGUCAGUGGACCUGCGGCCGGAGAAGCGCGUGCAGAUCACUUUCACCUGCGGGGACACCAGCGAAGUACGCACCGUCGACGUUUACAGAACUGUAUCAGAUUUGAAAACUCGUUUGGAACGCCUUGCGGGUUUCCCCGCUUCUAAAAUGAGACUCUUCUAUGUGGACCAAGAACUGAGAGAUACACAGUUUUUCCAGGGUCCGGAGGAAAUGAAGUACCCUACGAAACAAUUGUACUCGUACAACAUACGGUCCGGAGAUGAAAUCAUUAUUGACUCAAAGUUCAAACACUCCAUUUCUGUCAGUUCUACCGCAUGAGACAAACUAAUAAACAUUUUUAAAGCCAACAAGUUAGUAGAAAUAAAGUACCUCUAAUUACCAUAGUUACCCAUAGAUUAAAACCUAUUUCACACAGUAUUAAUCAAAAACUUAUGUCUAAACUUUGAUUAUAAUUUUCUUUUGUUCCAAUUAAAAACUGAUUGUUGUAAUUAACAUAAUUUGAUUAUCUACUAACUAUAUAAGAGUUACGGGCAUAAUUAAUUUAGUUAAGUUUUCUUUAUAUGUUGGAUUUCUGUUUAAUUCUUUCUGCGUAACACGAAAUGGUUAAAAUAAUAUUGAAAUGGUUGUCACAAAUCAAUUUAUUUUUAAGUUAAAAGCUGAAAGCUUUGUUUUAAGUACAUUUUAUUUUCUGACUUUCGUUUUAUAGAUCAGAGAAUAUUGUAUUUUUUUUUUUCAUUUUACUUUAUUUUUACCUCAUGGGGCAGGUGUAUUUUAUUUUGCUAUAAAACUGUGAUAAUAAAUUAUAGUACGAUGACUUGCGACGGAAUGUUGUAACCGAGAUCUUACCCGUGGCUAAUUAAUAUUGGACUUAUUUUUUUACAUGUGUCGUAUUUGUAGUGUAUUUACAUUACGCGAACUCUUUACCCGUUUAAAUAUUAGUGCUUUUGAACUAAAGUGAUACUGACUGCCAUUUUUUCAACUUUAAAAUGUAACCUAAGUAUUAACAAUGCUUCACAAUUUUCUAAGAACUAUUAUGACAAUUUAAAUUGGAUUAGCACUUCAAAUCACAAUUGUAACAUCAUAAAGUUCAUUUCUAAUAUCUAGAAGGUAGAUGAAAUAUUCUAUUUGUCUCUUAUAACUUCUCUUUACUAGUAGUCGCCAUUUUUGCUCCUCAUUUCUAUAUAGAUGCCUCUAAUAUGUGUAAAAACUGAAUUUCAUCACCUUUUAUUCAUUAUCUAGGUUUUAGACAUACAUUUAUGUCGUAGAAACAAUAACACUGAUAAAAGCAUAAAAUCUUUAAAAAAUUAAUGAUGUACCUAAUUAUAAUAUAUGUUCAAAACUUUAUUAGAAACAAUUUUGGAAUAAAUGAGUGUAUAAAAUUA